CUCUAGUGGCCAAUCUUUUUCAAGCAGCAGUAGUGCAGAAGCUCAGGGAUAGCAACUGAUCACAGGGAAGGGGUGUGACGUAUAAACAGUGCGACUAAGAGAGGAAGCCCAUGUUUGGCUGUUCCUUAGUAACUCAGAAAUUCAUACAGAGUUUGGAAUGAAGUGAAUCAGAACUCAUGCUCAGAAACCAACUGGCAACAUAGUAUCUUACCAAGAAGAGGGCAUUGGAAGAAGAGAUGCCAUUGUGGGUUAUCCUAACCCAAUAUCUGCUGAAUAAAGGGUCUGGUAAAUAAGACUUUUUGGUUUUUGGGGUGGUGGAGGAUUACAUUGCCAUAUUACAUGGCAGAGAAACAUAUACUAGCAGCAUGGGGUGAGCUGUGGAAAAUAAUGUAUCAUUAGCAGGGUCAGUCACUGUCAGAUUUGUAAAUGUUAAAAUGUUGGGCCAGGAAUGUGUUGUUUAUAGUGUCUUUUAUUUUUUUAUCUUUCACAGUUCAACAAUAAACCAAGAUGGACUGGAAAAAAAGCCUCGCGGAUAAACUGAAGCAAGAUAACAAAGGUUAGAGAGACUGGGAGCAAAACCGUGAUAAGGUGAAAUGGCUUUCUUAUGUGUUAACGUAAUGAAAGCCUUUCAGGGGGAUAGCUAAGCAGAAAAUGUAUCCGUAAAUAAGCAGAGGGUUUAGUAGUUGCCUUUUAUAUUUUUCACAACCUUCUGUCUGUAAAUAAUAUACUCUGGUAUUAUGGAAGCAGAGGACGAGUUGGAGAAUUGUGCAGGAUAGACAAAAAAAAAAAGAGACAUUAGUACGGUGUGUGUGUGUGUGUGUGUGUAAGGGAUAGAGCUGAUAAUGUGGAUGAGAGUAGAAUGAAAUAGGAGAAAAAGAGGUGAAGCUUGGAUUUUUAAUGUAUAAGUAUGAAAAAUAUGAACUGUCUCGCUCACUGGCAACCAAUCAAUGUCCAAUAGUUACCUGCCGUGUUUUGGGACAGCCAGACCAAACGACUGGAUCAUAACACUGCCUAUGAUGUGAUGCUCUGCUUAGGCGGCUGAGAGGCCGCCGUGUCUCAAUAAAGAGCCUGCCACAAUCUAACAGCAUCAUCUUUGUAAUCGACUGGUAGAUCACGAUUGGUCUAUAGGCACCAUUGCUGUAAACGCUAUAAUCUCUACAGUGAGCUUUAGUCGUUCUGUUGCUCAGUCUGCAUUUAAACUCUGGCCAUAUACACUGGAGUCUAUAAUUAAGAAAAAAAAAAUCUCUUGCCCAUCUUUCAAUCAAAACUGGGUUUUAUUGGAGAGAGUAGUUGCAAAGUCUAAGACAGGUGUAUUUCUUGGAUGAGUGGUCAGUUUGAUCACUUAUAGAUAUCCAACUAUUAUAAACUUAGAAACGUAGUCCGGUUUUUAGCUACCACCUUUUCACAAAAUCUCUUCCAAAUUGGAUGUAGCUCAGCCAAUGUGAGAUCUGUGUGAGCGGAGCUGCUGAAAUUAGUCUCCUCCACAGCCAAUAACUGUUCUCUCUGUAUAAUAUUUCAAAGACAUGCUUAGGGGAAAUAGGGCGCGUAAUAAUAGGAUAGUACAUGUAGGAUGAACUCAGCUCACAUGCAGCUCUUAUUGUCUGUGCAGAGAACAUACUUUUUGUAUUUGCAAUCAGGAAGUGUUCAUAUUAAAAAGAAGAUGUGGCUAAGGGGAUAGUGCAAAAAUCUGUAAAAAUAUAUACCGGUAGUUGAACAUGGAGAAAACAACAACAUCAAAAGAACACCUAUUAAGAGAAAUCACCACUUUUAUAAAUCUCCUCAGUAACACCUGGAUAACAAAGAGGCAGCUGGGAGGAUUUCUUGUUUCACUCGCUUUCAACUAUUUUAAUUAAGUACUUCCCGCAGCGAAGUAUUGGUUUCUGUGCUUUUCUGUGAGAAGCAUUAUUUGUGUAGCGGCAGUGAUUGCCACACAUGCGCCUUGUUCCCCAGUCCCUUUAAAGCUCUUAAUGCGGAAAUGGUGGGAUUGUAAUAUAUCCUACUGCAGGCUUACACAACGAAAUGUCUAGUUGCCGUUGUACAUAUUUGUUCAGCUUUAAGAAUAAUAAAGAUCCCAGUUCUGUUCAUUUCAACAAUACUUCUUAACAUGAGAUUAUCCUGGGAUCCUUUUGUUUUAAUUGAAAGUCUGGACAUAACUGUGAAUUUAUCUGUUUAUCAGUAAGAAGAAGUGAACAGGAGACGAAAGAAGAUGAAAUGAUGCUUUUUACAAAGUUUUACACAGACUGGAAAGGAGGUUUGAAGGGACCAAACUCUGUGAACAUCCCUCGAUUCUAUUACAGAGUGAGUUCUGUUAACUGUUGAAUUUCUGUAUUCCCAUUGUGUACGGUGUUAGAGGGUUACUCCAACCACCAUGACUGCUUUAGUGAUUUAGGUGGUCAUGGUGGUAAGAGUCGGUAUGUGCAGUGUUUCUGCACAUACAGAGAUAUUGUUAAGUGUGUGCUUGUGGCUAGUUAAACCAACUGCCUAAUGCCAGUUCUGUGCAUAAAAUACGUCUGCUGUCAGUGCACACUAACAGCCCUAUAAAUCUUCCUCUUGCAGGCAGAGCUAGCUCUCCCCUCCCUUCCAUAUUGUGCUCCAUCCACCCUCCGUGCGCAUUAAUUUUUUUUUAAACUUUCCUCCCCUUGCUGGCCUGGAACACGCGCAUGUGCUCUGCGCUCGUGCACGUCCCCAAUGAUUUUGGAGGGGGUAGUAGAAGAGCAUUUUAAGGUAACUAAAACAUUUUAUGUGCAGGUAUUACUGCAAAUUGAUGGGGGACCUUUUCCAAAGUGCCCAAUAGGGUAAAUUAUACCAUAAAGGUACCUCCUCUCAAAGGGGUUAUAGUAGCCCUUUAAAAAAAUGCUGUAACCACCACGGACAUAAACGGGGGCCUAAACUUCUUGCGUCCCUUCGUUGAGGCGUAGAGACGGGGCACUAUAACAUGACUCAAAACACUUUCUGACCUGGCCCUUAAUCGGCACAAGGCCAUGUUAGGCCUAAAAAUGCACGUAAUUUGUCUCCCUGCAGCUAGGUAAAGUAAUCAUGUAGUGUCAGAUCUACAUACAGUAUCACCAAAAUACAGGUUUUGAAAAAAUUUGCACAUCAGAAGUGAGUGGUAAGUGUUUUGACUACUGCAAAAAUGACUGGAUUUAAAGGGACACUAUAGGCACUCAGACCACUUCAGCUCAUUAAAGUGGUCUGGGUGCAGUGUCCCAAGUCCCUUAACCCUGCAAUUGUAAUUAUUACUGUUUUUGAAAAACUGCAAUAAUCACAUUGCAGGGUUAACUCCACCUCUAGUAGCUGUCUACAAGGGGGGUGCCACUAUAGGGUGCUAUAGUGCUAGGAAAACAUUUUCUCCAGAUUAUGAUAUAGGGGUAUAGGCUGUGCGGGAACAUUUAAUUAACACACUUUUUAAGAGGCCGGUACUUUUAUGAUGGAGGGUUUCAGGAUAUCUGUUGGCUCAAUAAUACUAUUCAGACUCAAAUCAUGCUUGCUUUAAUUACUAUUUCUUCCAAACACAGUUGCCUGCUGAUGAUGAGGUGCUGCAGCAGAAACUGAGAGAAGAAUCCCGGGCUGUCUUUCUGCAGAGGAAAAGCAGAGAACUUUUAGACAACGAGGAGUUACAGGUAGGUAUAGACAUUGCCAUUGGUUUCUCGGCUUUCUGCUGUAUAUUAUUAUUAUUAUUAUUAUUAUUGCCAUUUAUAUUUCGUGGCGCUUUACAAUAUUAUGAUAGGCGGGAUGUAACUAUAACUAGGACAAUUACAAGAAAACUUACAGGAACGAUAGGUUGAAGAGGACCCUGCUCAAACGAACUUACAGUCUAUAGGAGGUGGGGUGUAAGACACAUUAGGACAGGAAAUAGCAAUCAAAUAGGGUGGGAGUGAAGCAGAGCUGGAGGAGAGAGUAAAGUGCUGCCCUUUAGGAGAGAGCAAGAGACAGGUAUGUGAGGUAGAGGUUACUCUGGGAGGCCUUUCUUAAAGAGAUGGGUUUUAAGGCCCUUCUUAAAUGAUUGAAGACUAGGGGAGAGUCUGAUGGCGGUAGGCAGGCUAUUCCAUAGGAAGGGAACUGCCCGUGAGAGGUCCUGCGUAUACAGAAAGAUGUUAGACACAGGGUGAUAUUCUGUAGGAAUUAAAGUUAUCUUUUCCAUUCACUGCUUAAGAAUCUGUGGUUCCUUUUGGAUAAGCAUCAGUCCCCCCCUCUGUUUGGAGAGGAAGCCAUGAUCAACUAUGAAAACUUCCAGACUGUUGGUGAAAAAGCUGGAAUUAAAUGCAAGUAAGUACAGCUACACAUUGCAUUGCAGCAUGGCGCAGUUUAGUGGAUAACCCUGUAAAUGUGUUAUAUCGUGUGUCUGGCUUCUUAUUGUACAAUUUGAUACGGUUUAAUAUUUAUGUUCAGAUUCAACUUUAUUAUCCCUGUGCAGUGUACAUACAAAGACAAUGAAACACCAUGUGCUUUAGGGUUUCUGUUUGAUAUCUAACAUGUGUUUUUCCUAUAGGAUGUCUAAGAAUUUAGUUGCUCAGGAGCAGUUAGCGGCUCCCAUAGAGCAUAAUGGGAGCGGGUAGCCCCUGCUUUGUGAUUGGCUUUAAGUAGCGGCAGACGGUAAAAUCCCCGUCACUACUGGUGAAAUUUGGCAGUUAUUGAACAGCUUCUACACACUUAUGGAAACGAGGAGACAUAUGAAGACAUUUUAUCGAGUAGCAGCUGGCCGGUUUAAUGUCGCAGUAACAUUGGAAACAAUCUAAACAAUCAUGAUUUUCUGAUGUUUGGCCUGUUGUGCAUGUGUGACGCUAGUCAGGAUCUCAGCCCUAUUUUAGAAUUUAAUGUUGAUUUUUUAAUAAGCUUUCCUAAUGAUUCAAUACGGUUUGAAAAGUUUCAAAGUGAUUUAGCUACGAAGUCAACAUUAAACUCUAUGGGGAUUUUUCUAGAUCGAAUCAAUGGCAUUGAAUCAUUUGGAAAGCUUAUUAAAUUGAGGCCUUACUGCUGAACUCUACAAAAAUAAUCCAAGAACCUGUAUAAUUAUUGUAUGCUGUAUUAAGCUUUACAAAGACGGGGGAUUUUAGUAAAAAUAGUUAUUAGUUAUUCUUGCUCUUUAGUUUUUUUUUUUUUUUUUCUCUCUCUCUCGUCCAUAGAUCUUUUUUCACCUCCAAAGUCUUCGGUAAACUUAUUCACAAUGAUCCUUUUGGCAGAAUAUCCAUCAUGCAAUUUUUCAAUUAUGUUAUGAGAAAAGGUAAGUUCAGGGUGUAAAUAUAUGGAGCAUUUUAUUAUGGGAAAACUGCCAAUAAUAUUCAGGUUUUGUUUUAAUAAAAAGGUUUUCUUAAUUUAUGACUUUGCGUUUCUUUAAGUGUCUGUAUUCAAGUUCACUCAGAAUUUCUUUGUGACCCUCUUCCCAAGAGUCAUUGACAUUUUAAGUGAUCUUAGGUCAGAAGCCGCACUUAUCUGACCAAAGCUCACGCUGCGUUGCCCGGCUGCUGUGGGUUUUCCAUGUUCCAAUUAUUUCAGUAGUCAGCACUUUUACAGAUAGAAGUACAAACAGAUGUUAGUUUGCGAUUCUUAGAAACUGUAGUAGAUCUGAGUAGCUACAAUUAUUAUUAUUAUUAUUAUUAUUAUUAUUAUUAUUAUUAUUAUUAUUGCCUCAUGAACAUUUCUGGGAGAACAAACUGACCCAGGUUUUAAUUGCCCUUUAGGUGAUGACCGUAACAUCAUUACACUGUGAACACACAGCAGUCAGACAAAGGAUAUUCAUUAAACACAUGUUGCUAUUGCCCGAAGAUCACUUUAAAUUAUACCGCUCCAUUUGGAAAAAUUAAAGAGUUGCGAUGAAAUUGAACUUGAAUGUAAAUGAUUAAAAAAAAUACUUACAAAGUCACACAUAAAUAAAAAAAUUUAUUAGGGAAACAAUUUUUUUUAAUAAUUAGAAACCGUUUUCCUGUUACGUAUAUCCAGAUGGAUUGGAAAAUGUGGAGUAAUUUAGUACUUGCUAUUUUCGUGUCAUUCGUCAUACAGUGUAUGGCACAGCUCUAUCGGGACAGUUUAAGAUCAAUGGAGACAAAUAACAUACAUCUUGAUAGGAAAUCUUAGUUUGACAGUUGAGCUCUUUAAGGUCCCAGCAAUUGUGUUCUCUUGUUUCUGAUUAACUGUUUUGUAACAUAAGCCCAUCCAUGCUUUUGAUGGCAAAAUAAAUUGAUGGUCUUAUCUGAUUUUCUUGUAUGAUUAGUUUUUGCUGAUAUGCUCACAAAAACUUUGAUAUUGAAAACCGUAGCUUUAUCAUCGUUUAUUGUGAAGUUGAUGCAAACUGUAAAAAAAAAUUAAAAAAAAAAAUUAAAAUCUUUCAUUAAAUUAUUGUACGCCUGGAAGUGUAGUGUUUUAAAUCAGUGGGGGGCAAGCCUUUCCUCCCUUAAAUGCUCAUAAUAUCUGUGCACUAUUUUAUCCAAGAUGCUAAUUUGGCCUUCUGGCAGAGGAGCAUGUUGGGCGUCAAGUUUGGCCAUCGCUGGUUUAUAGAGAUGGCUACAAAUAAAAUAUCCCAUACAGAUUAUGGAUAUAUUGCCUAGUAAUGUAUAAAUCUUCCCCAGGAAGAUAUAAAUAGAUUAAGACUAUUGAGUUCUAAAGCUGCUCUUAGAUCCACAGUCCAAUUAUCUUUUUUUUUUAAUUUUUUUAUCCACAUUUGUUGUUUCCACCCUUCUACAGCAAAUAGGUGUAUGUCAAUCUUCACUCCCUGACAGACACAACUAGCAGAGACAAUUGACAGAGCAUUCUUAAAAUAGAGUCUGGUGCCUGUGAACAGACUUGGUGUGUGCGUAUUAAUCCAUUACACAUAGAGAGAUAAAUACUGCUGUCACUGGUAUUAUGUGUAAAACAAGAAAGCUAUUAAUCCCUUCUUUAUCUAGUCUUUAAAGAUCCCAUUCAUUUAAUGAUGUCAGGAGUGUAUAGCGCUGUAGAUGCUAUAUAAGUAGAUCAUUUUAUAAUGGCACACAGUCUACAGGGACCAAAUGAUAAUAUAAAAAAUGUUGUUCUAUAAAUGUCGCUAAAGUGAAAAUAAAGAUUUUGAAUGAACGGCAUUAGAUUUGAUGUGAAGAAUGCUGUAGAAGGCAAAGCUGUUCUGUAAGUGGCUUCUACUAUAUAAAUUGUGUUCCUGUGAGCAGAGAUUCCUGCCAACAUCUAAUGUAACAUUGCUUCUUCCGUGAUAGUAUGGCUGCACCAGACCAGGAUAGGACUGAGUUUGUAUGAUGUCGCUGGGCAAGGAUACCUUCGGGAAUCGGUAUGUACCAAGUUUCAUUUGUGCUCUCGGUGGAAGUGAUGUCAUUUCCAGUGACUUUUUUGUUACCCUCACAUCUGUGUUCAAUUUCAAUUGCAUAAGUAUUUAAGGUUAUUAAAGUGUUCCUGUCACAAAACAUUAACUGAAAUGGCGGUACAUGCGAAAUCAUCUUACGUACGUUGUUCUGGUAAAUAGGCAGGCGGUGUAAAAAUCGAUUUUAAUAUUUCCCACUCACCAGUCAAUCGGUUGUUAUCAUAGAAGUCCACUGUAACAAAGUCGAGAGAUGAGAUUUGAUUGGUAAAAUAAUACUUCUCUAUUUUAUAGGAUUUAGAGAAUUAUAUCCUAGAACUUAUCCCCACUCUGCCUCAACUUGACGGAUUGGAAAAAUCUUUCUACUCUUUCUAUGUGUGCACGGCUGUGCGUAAGUUCUUCUUCUUCCUGGAUCCCCUGAGAACAGGUAACGGCAUAUUGCCCAGAGCGUGUUCCUCACCUGAAAUUCAUAUUGCCAAUAUGUGUAUAUAUAGAUCUCAUUGAUUCCUUCCAAGUUGCAUGAUUUUUGGCUUUUGAUGUGCAUGUCCAUUGUAUUAGGCCUUUAUACUGAUAAUUGUUCUCUGACCACAUGUAAAAAUGUAUGCCUAAAAUGUAUUAAAGGGGUAAAAAAGUAUGCCUAAAAUGUAUUAAAGCACCAUACCCACUACACAGUGCUGUAGGCGUUCACUGGCACCAUCCUACCUUAAGCUGUCAGACCAUUUAUGUACCGUUUGACAUUUAGCUGGCCCUGUCAGGUGCCUGUGGUCCCUCUGGUCUGCACUGCUAUCCUAUAGCGACCAUUCAUACUACUGCAUAAGCAUACCGAUGCAUGUCUGCUUUGGGCUAUAUUCAUUGGCUGAGUGCUAGUACCUGACAGAACAAUAAUUCAGUAACAAUUUGGCAGAUGACUUUGGGAUGGCACGCGGGCAUUUCUGGUACCAUAAAGAAUGCAUUUUCCUUUUAUUUGCAAUUUUCCCAAAACUAAAUAGUGUGUGUUUGUGUAUAUUGUAGUGGAAACUAAAUAGUGUUGUUCUGUUUUUAGGAAAGAUAAAGAUUCAAGAUAUUUUGGCUUGCAGCUUCCUGGAUGAUUUACUUGAGGUGAGUGUAGGCUCGAUGUAGUCUUUUUCCCAAUCUGUCACAUGGAAAAAAAAAACCAGAAUUCUGUGCAUGAUUAAUACAUAAUAUUCUGGGGGAUAUGAUUCAGCCAGUCCGGGAGGACACACACAUACACUUCAGUACAUUGGGAGUAUUUUAGACCUUGUUUAGACCGUAUUUUAUCACACCAAAGUGUUGCAGAUGGGUUCUAGAUUAGCUCCGUUCAAUAAGUUAGGUUAUUAGUGCGCAGAUAGCUUUGCAGACUAAAGCUGAAAUAAUAAAGUUUGUGUGUGGUGGAGUCCACAAAUGGUGAGCCACAAAGACCCACCUGAGUGUUAUUCACUAAAGUGAGAACUAUUGGAAAUUCAGUGCAUUUUAAAUUGAUUGAACAUGGUUUUUAUUCUUACAGCUGCGGGACGAAGAGCUUUCAAAGGAGAGUCAAGAAUCAAACUGGUUCUCUGCUCCGUCUGCACUAAGGGUGUAUGGUAUGCAAUGGUUAAUCUUUUCUUCCUCCCUCUCUAUGGCAUCAAGACUCUUGUUCAUGUAUAGGAUGACAUGAAUAUCAUUGUGUGACCUUUCUUGUGUGUGAUCCUCUGUGAAAUAUCUAAAAUGGGUGUUUUGGGAAAUGCACAUCCAAGGCCAAAAUAGCUAAUCGAGCAUUAGAUUAAGGCUGCACUAGUCAAAUACAUCUCUCCAUUGUGCUUUAAAAUGGUGGGAAGCCGGGACAUCAGAGUUCUAAUUUAUUUUAACGACAAUGGACACCACUAAGCAUAUGCAGGGUAACCUCUCCAACCCCCAGUGAGAAUGUACUGUUGGGGGAAUGAGGGUAAGGCGUCCCCCUAGCAUGCCAUCCAGUGACCAUGCACCAGGGCAUUUCUGGUACCAUAACUACAGCAUUAUGUAGUGGUUAUGAUAAUGCAUUGGGUGUUUAUAAACUUGAGUGACGCUCAUGCUGUGCUUUGUGGAGAUACUCCCUGGUGUCCACAGAUUUGGAGCAUUAGGGAACUAACUUGAGAUACGACAUUGAAAUAGGAAGAGUACAGCCAAAUCUGGGACUGGUAAAUGGUAUGAGUUAGCAUGGUUAAAGAACUGUAAGAUCACGCUGUAAAGUAAGCCAGAGACAGGGUGUCAGGAGCAGAUGUACAGACCUGGGAGGAGUUAAAUUCUGUAUAUUAUAUAGGAUGGGUGUGCAGAGCAAAUGCUAGUUAGAAUGGCAAUUUAUUUUUGUAUGUGACGUACAUUGAUCGAGACACUGUCUGUCUGCAGAGCUCUUUUGUCAAGUCUGGUAACAGAACCACAAUAUGAAUAUUAAAGACCGAUUUUAGAUGGUUAUGAUGUGUGUAAGUCAUGAUUUAAUGAUCCCCUUUAGUUGGAUAUCCUGAUGUACAGCUUGGUCUAUUACUCAGCUUUUUGCAUUCUUUAUUUUCCCCCUUGUGGAUAUAAAGGACAGUACUUAAAUCUGGAUAAGGAUCACAAUGGAAUGCUGAGCAAAGAAGAACUUUCUCGCUACGGUACAGGAACCCUGACCAGCGUGUUUUUAGAUCGUGUCUUCCAGGAGUGCCUGACGUACGAUGGGGAGAUGGUAAGCUUUCAGCAUGAUGAUCUGAUUAUUUUUAGGAUUCCUAGGCUUUCUAUUGGACAUUUUUACCAGCCAAUUUAGAUUAAAACUGUGACAUUUCUGAGCAGUAUGUACCUUCACUAACCUGGGAGCUGUGGGGUUUUUAUAUAGAACAUUUAGGACAAAUUGCCCCAUAACAAUAAUGCACUAUGCUGAGUCACUCCUUGCCUCCACACCAGCCAUCAGAGAGCCAGAAGCUCUUUAUCUGAUCUAAGCUCAGGGGAACAGGGCUAACAUCAUUAGUUGGGAGUGAUCAGCUGAUGCUCUCAGCCACUUUGCUAGACCUGCAUGGUAGUCCUUGGUUUGGACAGAGCUUCUGGCGCUAUGGAGGCAGCGGUGGAGACAAAGUGCGGCUUCAAGUGGACCCGAGGUAAGAAAUCAAACUGUUCUACAUCAUGCUGUAGGACUGUUAUUCUCCCUUACCUCCUGUCCUUAAUCUGAUAUCACCAGUCUCAGAGGACUAUGGUGUUACACCUUUGUUACAACCACCCUCUGAUGCAAAUGUGCCCUGUUUGGGGUCACUCCAAGCAGGGAAAGCAUCUAUUGUGCAUGUUGGGUUCAAUGUGGCAACAGAAAGUGCUAUAUCCCACCCAGCAAGCCUGAUUAAGAGCAGGAGAACCAUUUACAGGAGGGAUAUUUUGAUUUUUUUUUUUCUAGUCACAAUGCUGGCUAUGCCCUGUAAAAAUUGACUGACAGGUGGCAAAUAGGGAACCUUUACAAUCUAUACAUUAGCUAGCAGUUCUGCAACAACAAUGUAGACAUUAUUUCUAGUGAGAGAGAGUGUGUGUGUCUCUCUGUGUCUGUCUGUCUGUCUGGGUGUGUGUCUGUCUGGUACACUUAAAUUGAAUUUCAUUGCAUGAGAGAAGUGUUUGUGAAUCCGGUCAUUUCCGAUUUAUUCCUUUUUUUUACACCAACAAAAAUGAUUCCUAUUAUUCCAUAAAUGGACACUGUGGACCCCUAAAGCACUUUUUAGCUUGCUGAAAUGAUUUGUGUAAAGAGUGUGUCCUCUUUUUUUCAUUUUAGAAGUGCUGCUUACAAUAGAAAUUUGCACUUUUAUAUAUUAACAUGGGGUUACAGCCCCCCUGUUUUCAAGCACACUACAGGCCCUGCAACUUCCUGGUUGUUUAUCGCAGUGGAGUUAAACUUGAUUGUAAGUCAGGUGCCAUGGGCAAUUGCUGCCUAAGACUUCUCAUUGAGCUGCAUUGGACAGCCACAGAUAGUUAAGUCUGAGCAGGGUUAGAAGGGAGGGCCUUGCAAAGGUUGCAGCUUUUGCAAGCUGUUUUUAGAGCUACCCCAAUGAAAAAAUACAUAACUAAAUGCAUUUUUGUUUUCUUUGGGGGAUAUAUCUACUAAACAGUGAUUUAUAUAUUUUUUUUUUGAGCAGUGGAGUGUCCCUGUAAUGCUAACCAUACAAUGUGUUGAUAGUAUAAACUUCAUGCAUACCUAUUCUGACAGUCUACAGCUUCACAGGUUACUUACACACCUGCCUUGAUAUUGGUGAUGCAAAAAUCUGUGCUGAUGUCACUAAAUCAGGUGUUGUAAGUUACGGAAUGGCUAGUGUUUAUGAUAUGGACUGUUGUAAUGCCAAUAUUUGUAUUUAUUUUAGGAUUACAAGACAUACUUGGAUUUUGUUCUGGCUUUAGAGAACAGGAAGGAGCCAGCAGCACUGCAGUAUAUAUUUAAGCUUCUAGACAUUGGGAACAAAGGCUGCCUGAAUGUCUUCUCUCUCAAUUACUUCUUCCGAGUAAGUCCCCAUGCGCCUGUGUGUCAUGUCAUCAUCUUGAUGUUCCAGAGAAACUGCAAUGUUUACACUGCAGCUCUAUGUCUACCAGAUCGCCACUAGAGGGCUUCCUGGAUCGCAACAGACCUUUGGUCCGGUAUCUGACGCUGGACGUCCUCACGCUCUGCAUAAGGACCUCCAGCGUCAGAUUUUUUUCCCCAUGGGAAAGCAUUGAUUCAAUGCUUAUCUAUGGGGAGAUCUAAUGCAUUUGCCACGCAUGCACAUUAGCGCCUGCUUGUUGCAGGCCGCUGGAGGACCCAGCACUGAGGGUCAUCGCCGCUGGAAAAAGGUGAGUAAAUAAUGGGUGUUUCAACCCUUUAUUUACCCAGGCGAGGGGGGGCACAAAGGUUGGGAGGAGGCAGAGGGAGCUAUGGUGCCAGGAAUACAGCUUUGUAUUCCUGGCACUAUAGUAUCACUUUAAUGUUCACCUCCACCCUGAAUGCCCAUUCUAAUUUAAGUGUGUAGAGUGGAUUGCAGAACUUUAAAUUUAGUGCAGCUUACAUGGAUAAGGAACAAAGAAAAUUACAAGAAUCCUGUAUGUGAUGAAGAUUUAGCUACAGCAAACAGCUAUUUAAGAAAAGUAGAAGACUACAUCCAUACUUAAUGUAAAGGCUGGCGUAUGCCCAGUUAUGAGCAUACUUUUUAUGAAGAACUUUUAAAAUAAAAAAAAAGAGUUUAGAACAUAUUUUAGUAUGUGCCCCUGUGCAAAAUUCAACUGCUCUGCAUAACAUGCUAGAACAGGGUGCCCAAUAGGUAGAUCACCAGAUGUUGCAGAACUACAACUCCCUUGAUGGUUUGCAUGCCUUUAGAAUGGCAACGCAUCAUAGAACCCCUUAAGGACACAUGACAGAAAUAUUCCGUUAUGAUUCCCUUUUAUUCCAGAAGUUGUCAUUAAGGGGUUACAACAUCUGGAGAUCUACCUUUUAGGAACCCCUGGUCUAGAAUGUUAUGUAAAGCAGUUGAACUUUGCGUAAGGGCACAUGCUAAAUAUGUUCCAAAUUUAUUUUAAAAGUUAUUUGUAAAAAGUAUGCUCAUAACUGAGCGUGUUCACCAUAAAGGAGCAGCAGCUGCACAGUUUCAGCUUAAAUUUAAUUCCUAUAGAGGGAGACAUGAAAUGGUGUGUCAUGUGCCACACUCUGACAUUGCUCCCACCUUAAUACAUGCAUAAUGAGGCCUCUACAGCAGGCAAAUCCAACCCCAGAUGAUGCUGUACUAGGAUCCAUUACAUUCAAAGAAUGAUGGGAGUUGUAGAACUUUAGCAUCUAUGGAGCAGAGUUUGAGAUGCCUGCUGUACAGACCGCACCCUCAUGCUGAAUUUUGAAAAACGAUUGUGCAGUGACAUUUAAGGAUUUGUGAAAAAGUUAUCUUGAAAUAAAUUCAUGUAAAUGUCAAUGCUGCUUUUCAUAUGAAGAGUAAAGGUUUAGUCAUUAACUAUGCAUUACAAAGCAGAAAAGCGAACAGCGUGUUUUCUUCCUUGACCAACCCAUGAUUGUCUUUUUUUGAAUGCCAGGCAAUCCAGGAACAAGUGAAAGUUCACGGCCAGGAACCGGUCUCCUUUCAGGAUGUAAAGGUAAACACGUGACCGCAAAAGAACAUCAAUAAUUCACUUAUUGUUCGCAUUGUCCUUAGGUGUGACACAUGUAAGCACCUUUUAAGAAAGGUGAGGGUAGUAGUUAAUUUAAUAUCUGAUAUUUUAAAAAGGAACUGUUACUUUCACCUCAGUACUCAUUACUGAAGCGUUUACUUGGGUGAGGAGUGCAUUGGAUGCAAUUUUCUUAAAACAUUUUUAAACUUACCUCUGCACAAGUUCUAGCCUCAGAUGAUGAUCAGGUAUUGACUUAGAGGUGUACACGCACAUAUGAUCUUGGCUAUGCCCUUCCCUAGGGCGCCACUGUGCUUACUUCAUAUGAUAGGACUGUUUAAUCUUGCAGAGAUGGCAUAGUAAAAUCAGCACCUGUAGUUUUCUAAAAGACGUUUAACGGUUACCUACAGUAUUAUGAAAACUGUAAUCGUCCCCUUUGUUCCUGCAGUGAUAGCAAUUCUAUUCCACACUACUACUGCAUAGUUAAAGAUUUCAUUGAUUUAAAAAAAAAUAGAGAACUUGGAAUAUGAGGUAAAAUUAUUAUUUAUUUUUUAAAUCCUAGGAUGAAAUAUUUGACAUGGUUAAGCCAAAGGACCCUCUGUCUAUUACCCUCCAGGACCUGAUUCAGAGUAGCCAGGGUGACACAGUUUGCAGUAUUCUCAUUGAUCUUAAUGGAUUCUGGACGUACGAGAACAGGGAAGUGCUCGUAGCGAAUGAUGGAGAGAAUCCUGCCGAUAUUGAUGAUAUGUCAUAGGAACUUCCAAGUGCCUUUGCACAGUCUCCUUAUCCAUAAAUUUUUCGGUUUAUUUUUGUGUAAAUAUAAUAUAAAUAUAUAUUUUUUACAGUGAAUAAAACCAAUGUAACAAAUGAGCAGUUACAGACCCUCCUUUAUACUCUGUACAUUUGCUUUUGUCUUGUCAUGACCAUAUUUGUACUAUUUAAACACUCAGGCUGUUCACUAAUAUGCAAAUUGUCAGGAAUUCAAACUGAAGUUCAAGUUUUAGGACAAGAUAGACAAACAAAUCUAAGAG